AUGUCCAGCACUGUACGCAUAGUAAGUCGAGGCAAAGCUCACGCACAUGACCACGAGGCCAAGGAGACGGCUGCGGUGAAAAAGAAGAAAGCUGUUAUCCUGGUGGAAGGAAAUGAAGCCGGUGAGAGGCGCGCAGAUGAGGAGGACAAAGAUGAUUCUGAUUAUGUCGUGUCAGAUGUGUCAUCAGCCAGGUCGUCGUUUAGCACCAUCGACAUGAAGUGUAUUAAUCAUUUAAUGGGCCCUGGAACGACGAGCUCCAAGCUGAGAAUAGAAGACAGGCCCAUUGUCAAUGGUACUGACCUGUCAUUGCUCCUUACGGCUGCGCGAGUGGACAUUGUUCUGCGCCAAAGCGGGCUGCAAGACGUGUCCGAUCUUCUCUCCCUCAACUUUAUCUUUGACGCUGAGUUCAUGGCGAAACACCUGCCAGCAAAGAUAAAGAGGGCUUUAGGACGACCGCCAUUGCUAGCUCCACUAAAAGAUGCCUCAGCGAACUCGUUUUUGGAAACCAAGGGUCAUACAGAGUCUAUAACGCGGUCGAGCAGUGUGAUCGGGAGCGCGACAUUUUACCCUUAUAUAUUCACUUACAGAUAA